AAUCAACUGAAAAAUAACUGGUAAAGGACAUUGCAGAGAGACAUUUUCAUCCAGGAGACUGGAAGACCGUUUCAUUGAACAAAGGAGCUGAUAAAGACAAGGAUGAAGGGUUUUCCAUUUCUUUUGCUGCUCCAAGCCCAGUUCUCCCAUGCUUUCCCUGCAGUGUCCAAAAUGCAAGAGGAGGAAAAAAUGACAUUUGCUGUGAAUUAUCUAGAACGUUUCUACAAUCUGAGAAACAUGAAAUGGAAGUUUAUGAAGGAUGGGGAUGCAGUCGUGGAGAAGAUCGAAGAAAUGCAGGAAUUUUUCGGCCUGGAAGUGACUGGGGAACUUGAUGAGGCAACGCUGGAGGUGAUGGCAAAGCCCAGAUGUGGGGUGCCAGAUGUGGCUCUCUUCGAGGUCCUGCCGGGAAACCCCAAGUGGAAAUCCAAUGCCCUUACUUACAGGAUCCUAAACUACAUCUCAGAUAUGUCCCAAGCUGACACAGAUGAAGCAUUUAAGAAGGCGUUUCAACUCUGGAGUAAUGCCUCCCCCCUGACGUUCUCCAAGAUCAACGAGGGAGAUGCCGACAUAAUGAUUUAUUUUGCCCGUAGAGAUCAUGGGGACAAUUCACCUUUCGAUGGACCCAAUAACAUCCUGGCUCAUGCAUUUCAGCCAGGUCGGGGUAUUGGUGGAGAUGCGCAUUUUGACGCAGAUGAGACUUGGACUAAAGGCUCUAAAGGUUAUAAUUUGUUCCUUGUCGCCGCCCAUGAGUUUGGCCAUUCCCUGGGUCUUUCCCACUCAACCGAACCUGGGGCACUGAUGUUUCCCACCUAUGCCUUCUCGGAUCCCAAAACGUUCUCUCUUUCUCAGGAUGACAUUAAUGGUAUUCAAUCCAUCUAUGGUUUAUCACCUAACUCUGUCCAACCAACGGGAUCCUCUGCACCCAAAGCUUGCGACCCCAGAUUGACAUUUGAUGCCAUCACCACUCUCCGGGGCGAAAUUAUUUUCUUUAAAGACAAAUACUUCUGGCGCAAGCAUCCUCAGAUGACAUCGGUCGAAUUCAAUUCCAUUUCUCUAUUUUGGCCGACGCUGCCAGAAGGCAUUCAAGCUGCUUUUGAGGACAAGGAAAAUGAUGUGGUUUUUCUCUUUAAAGACAGACAAUACUGGGCUCUCAGUGGAUAUGACGUACUUCCGGGUUAUCCCAGGGACAUAUCCCUGUUUGGCUUCCCGAGAACCAUUAGAAAAAUUGAUGCCGCUGUUUCUGAUAGUAGAACAAGAAAGACGUACUUCUUUGUAGAUCAACAGUAUUGGAGAUAUGAUGACCAGAGAAAAUCGAUGGAAGAAGGCUACCCAAAGCUUAUAGCAAAUGACUUCCUUGGGAUUGAAAAUAAAAUAGAUGCGGUGUUUCAGAUAAAUAGGUACUUCUACUUCUUUACUGGACCACAUCAAUACGUAUUUGAUCCUUAUUCCCGGAGAACCAUUGCCAUUAGGAGAAGCAAUAGUUGGUUUAAUUGUUGAAAACUGCGUCUUGGCUUGUUACCCUGUAGACCGUAAGCUCGUUGUAGGCAGGGAACCAAUUUAGUUGCAUUAUACUCUCCCACGUGCUUAGUCCAGUGUUCUGCACACAGUAAGUUCUCAACAAAUACAACUAAUCGAUUUCAUACGCAUUACCAAACAUGCUCAAUAAUUACCUUGUCAGCGUCAACUUUCAAAACAGUCAUCAUCUGUUAUUGUUCAUUUUUCUGAAAAAAACAUUCAGUCCAGGUUUCCCCGCUCCUCAAGAACCUCCAGUGGUUGCCCAUCCACCUCUACAUCAAACAGAAACUCCUCACCAUUAGCUUUAAAGCACUCAUUCAGGUCUCUCCCCGCUACCUUCCCUCACUGAUGGCUUACUACAACCUUACUGCACACUCUGCUCCUCUCACGUCAAAAUACUCUUUAUAUCUCCAACAAACCCUGGCCUAUUUUCUUCCUUGGUCCUGGAAGCACGCCCCUCCCGCUGCUUCAUAUCCAACAGUCCACCACUCUCCGUCUUUCAAAACCAUCCUAAAAUCCCAUCUCCUCUAAGUGGCCUGCACAGACUGAGCCCUUUAUUUCCUCUAUCCACUCUCCCCUCUGCACCAGCUACGCCAUUGGCUGUGAACCCCUUGAGCAUUUUGAUACACACCUCACCUCCACAAUACUUACAUAAAUAUCAUUAUGCUCUACUAUUUCCCUUGUCCCUAAUCUAUUUUAGCAUCUAUCACCCCAAAUAGAUUGUAAGGUCCU